AUGGAUCUGUUUCACAGGGCAUUCAAAGCCUCGUAUGGUUUCAACCGCAAGCUCCUUGACUGUGUAAAAGAAAAGGUGAAAGAUCUAAACAACCCACAACGGCAUGGCGGCUUAGUGGUGGACGAGAUAAAACUUUCUAGUCAUCUUGACCUGAAGUCAUCGAUGGACAUUAAAGGCUUUGUCGAUUUGGGGCUAUUUACUGAGAAGCAGGACAAGCACACAAAGGCCAAUCACGGCCUCGUUGUAAUGUUUCAACCAUUUGUGGGAAAAUGGACACAGAUUAUAGGUGUCUUUGCACCGAGAAAGAAUGUGAAGGCUGCAGUGCUGACCAAGAUCAUCUUGGAGGCUACAAUUCUUUGCGAGCAGGCUGGACUUUACGUAGACUACAUCUGCUGUGAUGGCGCGGCUUGGAAUCGUGCAAUGUGGCACAACAUGGGCAUUCAUGGAAGCUGUAAAGACUUCCCGCAUCUCGCCAAGUGUGUGCGGAAUGCCAUGAUGAAAAGUGGCUUCAACACGCACAUAGGCCGGGUCCACUGGGAUCAUGUUGCAACCACCUGGAAAAUUGACAGCAGCACCGUUGCCCUGAGAGUCGCACCAAAACUAACGCGGUCACAUAUAUACCCGAAUGGGUUUGAGAAAAUGCGGGUGCAUUUAGCAUUUCAUGUCUUCAGCACUCCUGUACUGCAUGCCAUGGACUUCUACAAGAAGAAGAUUGAAGAUCAGUACCCCAAUCUGGAGCCUACGAGGAAUUUUAUUAAUAUGAUGGCAGACCUCAUUGAGGCAAUUACGUCAAGAUUUCCAGCAGAGGCAUUAAGGUAUGUACAGCGCAGUUGUUCCCUAUGUACUUUAUCACAGAAAAUGAAUUCAAGUGUACUAUUUUGUACCGUUACAGGCCGAGCAGUCCAAAAGAAGCUGCGCUAGAUGCAAUGCUUGAGUUCCUGGACAAAUGGGAGGCCUAUGCAAAGGGCCUUGGCUUCCUCAGCAGAAGUACAUCGGAAGGUCUACGUGUUUCAAUACAUUCCACAAAGGCCCUCCUGAAGUACUUAACCGAAAAGGUCGGCUUCAGAUACCUGAUGACGUCGCACCUGAGCCAAGACUGCCUUGAGCGCUCGUUUGGGAUAGUACGGCAGGCAAGCGGUGCAAAUGAUCACCCCACCCCAGCUCAGUUCAUCCUUAUCAUCAGGUGCUUGAGCUUUUACAGUCUUGCAAAGAGCCCUAGAGGUGGAAGCGUGUCGCCAGGACUUCUGGACUCCCUUCUUUCUGCGGAAGAGGCACUCCUGGAAAAUGAGCAACAAGAUGAUAUAUUACCCAUGGAGGCUGUUGAAGUGGCCGUGGACCAUGUGGACUAUGUUGAAAAACGAAGCGAUGCUCGCUUGGUAUACUACAUUGCAGGCUACGUGGCCAGGAAGCGUGUGCUCUCAACUAGCUGUGCAGCAUGCAGGGAUGCCUGCCUUGUGCCGAGGGACUGUGUCCCAAAAUAACUCCCAGCUGAUGCCUCCAAAGAGUGGGACUUGGGUGGGCUUCUCUACCCGUCGGAGUCAUUGUAUCAUCUGAUUCAAGCUCUUGAAAGCAGGCUAACACAUGAAUUUUGCAGAACGCGUCUGCAUUCUAAAGCUGCCUUCAGCAUACCCAAGAAAGUGAGUACAAAUGUGCCACAAAUUGGUUGUGUGGAGCAUUGCCUGGCACUUACAGAAUCGGUGGUCAGGUUUUUCUGCCUUACCAGAAUACACUUUCAUUUGAAGAGCCUCAACCAGGAAAUGGAUGAGAAAAAAGGCAAAAGAACGAAGCCUUGCGUGAUGUGAAAUAAGCAGCAGAAUUGGAAGUACAUUCUGCAGUAUGCAAUAAAGUUUGCUCGUCCAGAAACAUGUUGCUUUUGUUUAUCUGGUUUUUGAAUUGCAGUGAGAAUGAAAUGACUCCAGGACGUUGCACUACAAGGUAUGUCAUGGUUUAAUGCUGAUUUGGCAGGUGUAAACGAACUUCAACGCUUUCGUACAUAAUAACGCCCACAACUAAAAAAAAAAAAAAAAAAACGGGUGGCGAGAAUGAACAUUCCGGGGGAUCCUAGCAGUUAUCGCGUUGACCUCGGAGAAAAAAAAAAAGUUGCAUAUAAAUCGUGCAAAGAGCAUUCUACGAUAGAUAAGCUCCCCGCUGAUUUGGUGGCUAUAAUAUGGAAUUUCUAAAAUGCGUGCUCGCUUUCUGCCAGCAGAAAACUCUGUUGUGUUACCCCAUAUUCGAAAACCGCAUGAUAACCGUAGCGCAAUACCAUCUUUGCGAUGUCUAAGGGACUGCUGUAUUAGCUACAAUUUCUAAAACUCGAUUAAAUGCUUUUCCACUACAGCAUUCCCUCUAAACACGCAGCGGACGGCCGCGCGUGCUGACGGCGCCCCUGACAACAGCGCCGCCCCGCGGCAUUCACGCGAACGGGGGUCAGGUUUUCCUGGCCGGUCAUCACACCUCCCCUAUCUAGACACCAUAACUACGGUGGACGCAACCGGCUGCCUUCAUAAACGUCAGCUGGCAGCCGCUUCACUUGGGCACGACACCACUUCCAGAAUGGCAGGCUUACGUCCGUUGCCCUUUCAGGUUAGUUACCUGAAAGGUGCUGCUUGCGUUAAAUCCAGUAAUUAUUGCUUGUUGGUGGUGUCGUGCCCACGAGACCUGAAUGAUGUGUUCAAACAGUUCUUGGCUCUUGCGUGUGAAAUAUGUUAUGCCUUGUCUACUAUAACACUGAUGCUGUCGGGAGACGUUGAAACUAAUCCUGGACCAAUGACUAAGGCUCAAGAAGAAGCUUUUGCUGCUGCACUAGAGGCUAUUAGGAAAUUAGAAGCGCACUCACACUUGCUUUCUCAGCUAACUAGUGUCAAAGCCAGUAAUACGGCAGUUAUAAGCAAGUUUCAAAAGCUAGAAAACGAGCAGGUAACACUACUCGCUGAACUAAAUAUUUCGAAACAAGAACAGGAGGCCGCUGAAGGGGAAAUCAAGCUGCUGAACGCCAAGAUCGCCGCGCUGGUCGAUACUCCCGCAUCCGGAAAUUCUGCUGUUACAACAGCAGGCGCUGAUAUCCUUCGCGGUGUGUCUGAUCGAUUGGCCACAAUUUCUUCACGGUGCGAUGACACUGAGAAUAGAAUGCGACGCUCAAACCUGCUCUUAUUUAACAUAGCGGACUACGAAAAAGAGGACUGGGCUGCGUCGGAGCAGAAAAUUGACAAUUUCUGUGCCGGAAAACUUGACUUAAGCCUAUCAAGCACGCACUUCGAAAGGGUGCAUAAAUUAGGCAAGCACGCCGAUAACAAAACGAGACCAAUCAUAGCAAAACUGACCUUUUAUAAGGAUAAAGAACGCAUCUUGUCAGCUGCACGAAAACUUAAGGGCUCCGGAUUUUCGAUACGAGAAGACUUCUCCCCAGCUACACGAGAAGCAAGAAGAAAACUGAUCAAAUUCGCGAAGGAAAAACAAAAAAAAAUAUUUCAAGCUCAGCGUCGACAGAAUGCGCAUAGAUGACACAACCUACGUGUACGACGGCGUCACUAGCACAGUAGUGCAGCUGAGCAGAUAGCUGAAGCAUAGCACUCGAACCCAUCACUGCCAGCAGUCACCAGAACCUCGGAUCAUGCCGUCACUAUCAAUAUCAUUUACUAAUAUUCGAAGCCUGGUGCGCAAGCUCGGUCAAGUCUCUUCUUUCAUAGACGAUACAGGUUCUGACAUUAUCAUCUUCACGGAAACAUGGCUCCAUCCUGACAUUUCAGACAAUGAAAUAAGUCCC